UCCAAGUAAUUGCCACGCUGCCAAGCUGUUGUAGCCUAUUUACGUUUAUGGAUUAGCCGAGAGGCUUAGACCGAUUUCGCACACAGGUCAAGUCUGGAUCAUUCUUCUUGUCAUAACAUCAAACUGGUGCUGGUAUAUGCAUAGUGCGGACACGUCUAACUUUUGAGUGUUUGAUUUCCAAACUAUGGCAUCUCCUACUUUGCCAGCCCAAGUUACAAAAACGACAGAACGAACCCCACUCUUGGGAGACCCUCUCCUCGAUGAAGCAAAUGCACCAGCGGUCAACCCAUCAGAGAAGCCUCAAUAUGGUUCCGAAAUUCUUUUACUAUUCCGUGCUUCGGUCCCCAUAGCACUGUCAUUUGCACUCCAGAAUAUCGUCCAAGCCUCCAGUAUCUUGAUCGCCGGUUCGCUGGGAACAUAUGAGCUAGGCGUGGUUUCAUAUGGCUACAUGUUUGCAUCAAGCACUGGCUCAAUGAUUGGGUUAGGAGGUGCCACGGCUUUGGAUACGCUUUGCUCUCAAGCCAUCACAGCAGUGAAGUCGGAAGAAAAGGCUUUUGUGCUCAGAAAUUAUCUCCAGCGUGGAAUCUUGAUUCUUGCGGCAAUUUACACUAUUGUCAUUGUACCGCUUUGGUGGUUUUCGGGACGGCUCUUUGUCGGACUUGGACAGGAUGAAGAUUUUGCUAUGGAUACUGGCUUGUUCUUACGGGUCCUGCUUCCUGGAGGCUUAUUUCAAGUCAUGGCAGAAUGUUUGAAGAAAUUCUUGCAGGUACAAGGACAUAGCUUCCAGACGGGUUGGGCUAUCGGUAUUGCCGCUAUCAUUGGUUUUGGAGCCAAUCUUCUGCUCAUGCGAGUUCUAGACCUUGGAUUUCUUGGUGCUCCUCUAGCACAUACAGUCUACCACCUUAGUACAGUAGUGUGUCUUUUGGUUUAUACUACCACCAUUCCGGAGUCCGUACCUUGCUGGGGUGGAUUCCGAAAAGGAAGAUUGACAGAUUGGACGAGGUUUGCGAAUCUUGCAAUUAUAGGCAUUGUCACACAAGCUGCAGAAAGUUUCAGCUUUGAGAUCCUUGCAUUGAUGGCCGCUCGACUUGAUCAAGUCGCGAUAGGCGCACAGGGAAUCGUCAUGGCAUCUGACCUCAUUCUAUACACAAUACCAAUAGGCAUUAGUGUGGCCUCAAGUCAUCGUAUAGGAAACCUAAUGGGAGCAGGCGACGUCAGUGGUGUCAAGUUCGCUCUUCGAAUGCCUUACAUAUUGUCUCUAAUCUUCGGAAUCGUUGAGUUUAUCCUCAUCAUGCUUGUCAGAAACUCUUUUGGCUAUCUUUUCUCGGACGAGGAAGCAGUGGUGCGACUUGCGGCCCACGUCUUACCCGUCAUAGCUCUUUUCCAGGUCCUGGACUUGUCCAACAAUGGUGCGUGUGGUAUUUUGCGAGGAGCUGGCAAGGUGCAUCUGGUGGGUAUCAGCAAUAUUUUGGGGUAUUAUGGUGUUGGUAUGACGACUGCCUGGUUCUUCUGCUUCAAGUUGGACUUGGGUCUGGCAGGUCUAUGGGGAGGACUUGUUAUAGGUAGCGCAGUAUUGUUGAUUGUGCAAACGAUCUGCAUUCUUUUGAUUAAUUGGGAGAAGGAGGUAGAAGCCGUCUCACAGCAAGAUCAUGGGCACUAGCCAGACAGAUCUAAGAUAAAGCGUAGUUGAAAAUGAU